CCGGCCGCGGCGGACACUUCCGGCGGAGGGACCGUCCCGUGGCACCCGGCACGGCGGAGGGCGACGCGGAGGGCCGGCGGCGGGGGCCAUGGACCACCACAGCCUGGACGAGUUCCGCAGGCGCUGGCAGGAGGAGCUGGCGCAGGCCCAGGCGCAGCGGAAGCGGCGGCGGCCCGAGGCUGCGGAGCGGCGGGCGCGGCGGCCCGAGGUGGCUCCCGGGCGCGGCGAGCAGGCCUCGGGGUACCUGGCGCUGGCGCAGGGCCUGCUGGAGGGCGCGAGCCGGCCCCCGGCGGCGCGGGCGGCCGGGGCCGAGAGGCAGGACGCGGCGAGCCGCUCCCGCUCCCCGCCAGCCCGUGACGGGGCCGGGGGCGCGGAGCAGCUGGUGGACCAGCUCAUCCGAGACCUGAAUGAAAUGGACGAUGUGCCCUUCUUUGAUAUCCAACUGCCUUAUGAAUUGGCAAUCAAUAUAUUUCAGUAUCUGGACAGGAAAGACCUGGGAAGGUGUGCACAGGUGAGCAAGACGUGGAAGGUGAUUGCAGAGGAUGAAGUGCUCUGGUACCGGCUGUGCCAGCAGGAAGGGCACCUUCCCGAGAGCAGCAUCUCCGAUUAUUCUUGCUGGAAGCUCAUCUUCAAGGAGUGCCGAGCCAAGGAGCACAUGUUAAGAACCAACUGGAAGAAUCGCAAGGGAGCCGUGAGUGAGCUGGAACACAUUCCUGAUGCUGUUUUAUGUGACGUGCACUCUCAUGACGGUGUGGUCAUUGCUGGAUACACAUCAGGGGACGUGAGGGUGUGGGACACCCGCACCUGGGACUACGUAGCCCCCUUCCUGGACUCCGAGUAUGAGGACGACGAGCCUGGAAUGCAGCCAUAUGUCUCCUUUGUGAGGAUAAACAGCUCGCUGGCAGUGGCAGCUUAUGAGGAUGGAUUUCUUAAUAUUUGGGAUCUAAAGACUGGAAAGUAUCCUAUCCACCGCUUUGAGCACGAUGCAAGAAUCCAGGCACUAGCCCUCAGCCAGGAAGAUGCCACUGUUGCCACGGCUUCUGCUUUCGAUGUUGUGAUGUUGCAUCCCAACGAGGAAGGAUAUUGGCAAAUAGCUGCAGAAUUUGAAGUUCAGAAACUGGUUGACUACCUUGAAAUAGUUCCAGACACUGAAAGGUACCCCGUGGCAGUGGCUGCUGCUGGGGAUCUGGUGUACCUGCUGAAGGCUGACGACUCUGCCAGAACCCUGCACCACGUCUUCGGGCAGCCCAUCACCUGUCUGGACGUCUCGGCCAGCCAGGCUGCUUUUGGAGUGAAGAGUGUAGGAUGGGUGCACGAAGGAAACAAGAUCCUGGUCUACAGCCUGGAAGCAGAACGCUGCCUCUCGAAGCUGGGCAACACGCUUGGCGACUUCUCCUGCGUCAACCUCAGGGACAGCCCCCCCAACCUCAUGGUCAGCGGCAACAUGGACAGGAGGGUGAGGAUCCAUGACCUCCGCACCAGCAAGACCGCCCUGUCGUUCUCGGCACACCAGCUUGGCGUCUCCGCAGUGCAGAUGGACGACUGGAAAGUGGUCAGCGGAGGCGAGGAGGGCCUGGUCUCCGUGUGGGACUAUCGGAUGAACCAGAAGCUGUGGGAGGUGCAUUCCAGGCACCCCGUCCGCCACCUCUCCUUCACCAGCCACAGCCUCAUCACGGCCAACGUGCCCUGCGAGCGGGUGAUGCGCAGCGCCGACCUGGACGGCUUCGCCACGCACAGGAGGCACCGGGGGCUGGUCCACGCCUACGAGUUCGCCGCGGACCGGCUGGCCUUGCAGAGCGCCCUCCCCGCCUGCCGCGCGUCCUGCGACUCCACGGCGGGGAGCAGCUACGGCCUCGCACUCGCCUUCCCCUCCGACAGCGCUUAGGGGACAGAGAAUGGAAAGCCCAACAGAGGACUCUGCCCCGGCUGUCAGAGGUCUGGGGGGAGAUAGCAACCCCGGGUCCUUGUGUGACGCACCUUCCCGAUCCGCCUGCACUUUCUCCGUCUGUUUUCCGCCCACUGUGCACAGCUGGGGCUUGUCAGCGUUUCCCCUCACUGGUCCCUCUCCUGGCCUGGGGAACCACACACUGAUGACUCACACGUAACUGCCUUCGCCUUCCCCCACAUCCUCCUCCUCCUCCUCUUCCUCCAGCCCAGCCAGCCCGGGCGGGGUGACACCCCCAGUGGGCUCCCGUCUCUCCCGGCCGCUGCAGCUCCGGUGAGGCCUGGGCUUCUCACUGUGAACACGGCUCUCCUGGGCCCUGCUCCCUCUGCCAGCUCCAGUCCUCCCCCCCUCCCCCCCUCAGGCUGUGCCUCGAUGAGACCGGGGUUCACUCAGGUGGGCUUCUCCCACAGCAUCUCACCAGUGCAAACCGGGGUUACAGUAUUUUUCCACAGAGCUUUUAUAAUUAUAUAUUUAUACCAUUACUUCAUUAACAACUAUUUUGCUUAUUAUUGCAUCUACAACAUGUGAUACAAAGCAGAUAUUUUCUAUAUAAUCAUUGAAUAAACAGCCAUCCUCCAGGUGGGACGGAUGGUGAUUCUACACGGGAGGAACCGCCAUGUCAAAGCACUAAGAUAAAGCGGAGGCGGGAGAACUGUUCCGUUUGACAAACAGCUUCCACUUCCAAAGGAUGGAGUGGCAAGCCUACUCUUGGUUACAGCGUUGGCGGCAGCCGCCUGCCAGACCUUCAAAAUGUCACUGUAACACAGACACCACUACAGAGAAGCAGACCAUGCUUGAGUGAGUUAGCAGAUCACAGCAGCCAAGACACAAGCACAGGAUGUGCUUAGCUAAUAUACAAUAGACAUACGCCCUUCUGUACCUUCCCAAACACCCCAGACCAUCACAGACAGUGACGGCACCAAGAAAGGCCCCCGCUGCACAGAGCGAUACCAGCCCGGCCUUCCUCACUGACUCUGAAUGCUAAUGCAGUCCAAUUGGAAACCAACAAAAAGCCAAAUAAAAACAUCUGCCGGUUCCAAACACUCUGACUUGACUUGGUUUUGAAGAAGGAAAUUCCUGAGGCAGCACCGUCCCCAGCCGGGGAGCCUCACUCCGCACGCUCAGUCAGACCAGCGGGCCGCCGUGCAGCUCGCACACCAGCGUGUCCAGUGGCCCCGCCCGCCAGCCAUCCCCGAGUCCAGCACCUCUGAUGGUGAAGGUCCUUAAAACCCCACGUCCACGGAGGCCAGAGGAGCCGGACUAGGAAUGUCCCUCUCCACCCUGCCUGCCCCCGGGAGGCGGCUCUGUCCGACGGCUCUGCCUCCUUCAGCCCCCGACUUCAGAGGGAGGCCGCUACAGCUAGCACAGGGGGGAUCUCCUCUCCCUGGCACGGGGUUCUGACCCUCGCUUCUGUACGGUGUUCAUCUCUGUCUUAAUUAAUGCCACUGGACAACAUCUUUCCUUUUAAAGAACAGCUCUGCCCAGUCUGACCUCCCAGUUCAUCCUUCCGAACUAGCUUCGCAGCAAUUUUACAUAAUUGAACAGUUUAAAGAAAUCAGACCCAGACAAUUACACCAAAAUUAAAAAUAGUUUUAAACUACUGCUAUUCACUGCAACAGCUGGUCCGGUGUAAAUGUUACAGCUUGUAUAUAACUUCCCUCCGGUCCUGAAAGUGUCUGGCUUUUGCAAAGAAGCGUUUGUCACCCAAACCGUCCUCUCUCAGCCCGCCCACCUGGGUUCUGCGCUGUCACUUUCUAUCCCAGAGACCCGGGCUGGGUGAGGAAAGGGUCAGAGUCCCUUUAUAAACCGCCACUGGCCCAGCAGCUGAGAAAGGCGUGGCCAUGUCCAUCCUCUGCUCACCCCGGGGCUGUCCCUCCCCGGGCUGUUGUCAGGGAGCUGGUGGUGGGUCUGACCUCUGCUUCCCACGCUCUCCCCUGCCGAAGAGGGGACCUGUGUGUGCUGCAGGGACCAAGGGCCAGGCUGUGUCCCGUCUCAAAACGUUGUAUGACUUUGCUUUCUGCUUCAUUACUAUGUCUGUGUUGGUUCUAAUAAAUUUUGAAAAUGUU